AUGGGCAGUGGAGCAUCAAACAAACGAAAUCUUAACGAUAAGUAUAAAUCCAGAAGACAAAAAUCUCACAACGGUAUACAAGUCUUACAGUUUUACAGUAAGCCAGAGUUCACAAAUCUUCCUGAUGGGAUCUUGUGGAGAACGAAGAAAGAAAAGACCUUUCUUCCUGGCCAGUUGGGAGAUUAUACGAUGUUGAAGGAGUAUGGGAUCAUUAAGAUUUUUCUGAAGAAGGAGAAAGCUGAAAAGAUUGAGGAGGAGAUUUAUAGAGUGAUAGAGGAGAAAGAAGAUGAAAAAUAGAGAAAUUGAAGAUGAAAUGGAGGCAGGGAGUAGUAUAGAUAGGAAGAAGAAAGGUGAGAUUAGCAAUAUUCAGAAAAUUAUAUCUGAUUAUCAGAGAGUUCUUAAAUGCAUUCAAGACAGAAAUAAUAAUCAGAGUGACGAAGAAAAUAAGUCUUAUCAUAGUUCUGUUUCUGAAGAUGAGAAAUAAAGAAAUGGAUGAUUGAGUAAACAAUCCAACUCCAAUCCAAAAAGACAAGAUUAAAGACUGGAUUAGGAAGCAUGAUACAGGUAUGGCUGAUGCUUACCGAGAUAAUGGAAGACUACGACUAAUUUUAACCAACCCUAAGCAUGUAAAAAUUCUCGAUGAGAUCCUAGAUAAUCUUGAUAAGAACCUUGAUAACCCUGAAGGCUAUAUUCUUCCAGACUUAAACACCUUAGAAAUAAAAUUAGUAGCUAAUAUCGUUGAUAAGGCUGAUAAACUACUAAGAAAUCAUUUCCCAAUCAAAGUCAAACACCUCUGGGUGAGAAACAACCAUUCAGAGCAUGAUAUUACAAGGUAUUGGAACAUACUGGAUUCCAUCGAUUCUCAAAGGAUGAAUCAACUUGUGCUAUCUAAGUUUUACAUACCUGCAGAUAUUCUUGGGAAUAUUUUUAACCACUUUUAUCAAGUCAGAAUUUUAGCCUUCUGGUACUGAAAGCUUGAAGCAGAAGAAGUUGAAAUCAGCGAUGAAAUUGAAUUUGAAAUAGAGCAUAUUGUUUUUAAGAAUUGAAGGCAAGGAACAAAGAGGAAUAGAUAUCUUGAUUACUUAUGGCGUUUUAUCGAAGCUAUUGGGAGAUCUAAUCUCAAGGACUCUCUUCAGUCAUGCAGGUUUAAAAAUGAUAAAAAAGUGAAAAUUAAACCUCAGGAGAUCCAAAAAAUUUUCUAUUGCAAUGGAAUGACUGAUGUUAAAGUUAUUGAAGCUAUUUAUGAGGGAUUAGAGCUAGAUUAUCAAAAAUUUUAA